AUGGCAACAUUGCUAUCCCCAUCCGCGCAAGAUUCCCGUAUUCUAUCCCCCAGAGCCUUUGAGCCUGGCUCCUCCGGGCCGACCUUUACCCUUCAACUCCCAUUCGUACUGCUCGGGCGGAAAGGCCUCAAUGCGGCGCUCGACAAGCACUCGCAGCGCCACGCCAAAAGGCUGGAGGUCGUAUAUAAUGCGCUACAGCAAUUUUGCGCGGAGGUGCCCGUGCAGGUGUGGGUUGCUAGGCGCUUUGACGAGGAUGACGGGAAGACCAGGACGGUGAGGACGGAAGAGGAGAGGAGGGCGUUGAGGAGGGAGGUUGAGCAGAGGAGGAAAGUGUGGUUAAGGGAGGAGCAAGAGCGGUGGAGAGGCUAUGAACAGAGCGGUGCGUGGGUCCUCAGGGCUACGGAUACGGGCAGUGAACCUAGUGUGGGGAUUCUGGGGGGUUGGAAAGAAAGCGAUGGAUUGCUUACGGAGCAAGAGCAAGACUUGAAGGGGAAUAGGAUAUGGGCGGCUGCUUUUACACUGCAGAGGUGCGCGGUUGGGAGGAAUGAUAUGGAGAGGUUGGGGAGGGAGGUGGAGAGUCUGCUGGGGGUGUUUGGGCAGACGAUUAAUGGGUUUGAGCACCCUGAGCAUGGAGCUAUGUUUAAGGUUGUUGUGGGAGAGCGGUGCGAGGUUAAGAUUGCGUUUCUGCCUGGCGGUGGCGCGCAAGGAGAGGAGCGGGAUUGGGAGGAGGCCGUGGUUGGGAAUCUGCUUCUUCUGCUCACGGCUUUUGAGCGCGAACUGCUCGUCCUCUCCUCGCCUACUAAUCUGCUCGCGUAUUGGCCCCUGUCUCGCUGGCUUACGCAUCGUGCGGUUUGUCAGCUGGAGAGGGAGAGGAAGGGGUUAUGGAGAAGUUUGAGGGGUGGAGAGGUGGGUGGGGACAAGCGGAGGCGGAGGGAGUGGGGUCGCGUUGUGGAGACGUGGGUGAGGAAUCUAGAGCGGGAGGAUGAGGGGGCUGGGGAGUUGAAGAGGUUGCUUGAGGAGGAGAGAAAGUGGUGGUGGGAAGAAGUCGAUGAUGUUAUCAAGAAAGAAGAGGGACUAGGUGUGUUGGUGAGGGAUAUGGUGGGGUUUGAGAGGAGAGGCCGGAGGGUGGCGGUUAGGUUUUGCGUUGUCGAGGGGCAGGAGGAGGAUGAGUCUUCCGGGGCGAAGAAAGAAAAGGGUGGAACGGAUGGCUAUGAAAUUGAGGAAGCACAGAAUGAGGACGGAGCUGAAGAUGUUGUCGAUGAGAUUUCUCUCCCGCCUACACCUCCACCAGAGCUGCCGCAAGCCUUCCCACAGAUACGCAGCAUCGUGUUCAACACUCCCUUACGCACGCUGUCCGCUCCUCCCAUCAAAGCAUACAUCGAGCUCCUGUGCCGACUCGUUGGCUUCAGCUGCGAAAAGCCAUACGGGGAAGUGCGCAAGAAAGUCAAGGGGCUACGGGAAGCAGCGGGGGAGAUGGAGGAAGCUCCGCUAGAAACCUUGUCAAAGCUAGCGGAUAUGAUCGGUGUGAGCGCGAAGACCAUUAGGCAUUUAGAACGGCAUUGGGAUCCUCCUGGACAAGUCCACGGGAAGGAGAAAGAGAAGCCCGAAGCGAAGGAAGACUUAUUUGCUCCGUUGCUGAAGCAUAUAGUGAGGUCCUACGAGGAGGAGAAAGCAUAUAUGCCAACGUUUACCGAGCGGUACGAAAGCGUAGGGGGCUUUCAGGUGCCGGCUAGGACAAAGGUCUAUGCGUUGAUGAUGGCCGAGGAGGAAGCUAGGAAGGACGAGCGACAAGAUCAGAGGGAAGAAGCGGAUGAAGACGAAUUCGCAAAGCACUUCAAAGGAGGACGUCAAUGA